GAUUUACUUAUUGCAGUAAAUAUAUCGUUGUAUCUCGGUUUUUAUAAAAAUAGAUUGUUUUUUGAUUGAAUUAUUUAUAUUUGAUUUUUUGGAACGAGAAGAGUAAUAGUUUAAUGGUGCCGUAGCAACAAAAUCGUCUCUGUAAUCCACGAUGUGGAUAAAGGGCAAAACUGCACACGAAAAGUUUUGCAAUGACUAAAAUACCGAGAAGAAUCGAAGCCUGUCGAGAGUAAAAGUACGUCAGUUGUGCAACUUUUCAAUCACAGCAUCCAAGAGAGCGAAACGUUGCUUUGAUUAUUGCCUUCUAAUUGACCAAAUAUGUACGUUGAACAGAAUUUACAUGGGGAACUAUGUGUGAAAAGAAGAAUCGUAGACGUUUCAUCGUUAAUUGCUUUUAUUGUACUCAUGAUACUAUACAUCGGAGUAGCAUUAUAUGCGGUGCAAAAUGGCCACAUAGCUAACAGUUUUACUUAUAUUCAUAACAUGAUCGACGACGGUGUGAUUGUCGAUUCAACUGAAAAGGUGGCUAUUGAAAUAUUCGACGAUCUAUAUCGCACGAGAUUUGUGAUUCUAUCGAUUACUAUUUUGGCCGUUUUAUGGUCGAUUUCAACUAUUUUUAUAAUUAGAAAAGCUACAAGUUUUGCUAUAUGCACUGGAAUAAUGGGCGAAGCAGUUCUGUUGAUAGCUUUGUUUGUCGUAACAAUUUUUGCAUCGCAAAGUCAAGUUUACAGACAUUCGAGUUCGAAGCCAUAUCUCUUUUUCCCAAUAUUUAUCGUUAUUGUGGUAUCAAAAUUACUGGCCUUGAAGGAAGUGGGCUUCGCAUUUGUAUCGAAUUUACUCAGGGAAUCCUGCAGAGCUAUUACAAGUUAUGCACUUGGAUUCAUAGUGAUGUUUUUCAUACACACUUUGGCAUUGUCUUCGGUUAUUUUUGGAUUCUAUAUAUAUUGCCAGCUUAUGUCGACGUCACUUAAGCCAUUGUACAAGGAAGUGCAAACUGCCGAUGGAGUUUCACAUGAUAUUUGUAAUUUCGUCAUAGUUACGAUCCCGAGCUACAUCUAUUUGUUUCAUAUGAUUAACAUAGUUAGUUGCAUCUGGCUUAACUAUACAUUUUGGAAUUUUGGUUACGUAUUUUUCUCUCGAACUUUUGCCAGACUAUACCAAAAUCCCGAAGACAAGUGUAAUUCUAUCAGUGCUAUUCUCGGUGUAUUCAGAUCAACUGUAAGGAACCAUAUGGGUACUAUAAUUUACGCAUCGUCACCAUACGCGCCCAUUGUGCAAAUAUCGGUGAUGUGGAAAUAUGCUUGGAAUGCUACAAACGAAUAUUUAAGACAAAAGCCGUUCAUAGGAUCUAUUUCUUGGCUAGUAACAGUCUGGAACUUGUCGAGCACUGGACUGAUAUUUUGCAGUUUUCACAGAACUGCAUUCAAACAAUCAGCCAAACUUACUGGAAGAAUAUUCAUACGAAAUCCUGUGCAAUUACUGACCGUUUACUCGGUUAUUGGAUGGCUUGCAUUUUUUGUAAUUACAUUCGUUACACUUCUUUCAUUAAUAGUAUUAUGGAUUUAUACUUCAAUCAUCAGUGAAACGCCACAUACAUGCAUUGCAGCGAUUGUAAUCAUUUUUGGUGCUAUUGCAAUGACCAGAGCAGUGUGUCAGCUACUUGAAAUAGCAAUAUUAAGCAUAUAUUUGUUCAUGAUUGAAAAUAUUGAACAAAUCUCAAAUAUGGAAAAUAAAAAACCUCGCAAUCCUGCCAUAGAUAAAAUUAUCACGCAAUGUCAUGACUAAUAAUACUUUGUAACUUGUGGGCCUUAAGCUUAACUUGUAAGCUUAUGCCUUAUUGUAUCAUAAUAAUAAUAAUUGUCAAUUAUAAUUUAUUUGAUAGAAAUAAACGAUGUCAA